CCCGGAUAGUGUAGGUCGGCUCUCAGGCCUUUGGAGUCACUUUCUCAGCGCAUCCGUCUCUAAGCCUGUUGCUUCCUUUCUCAAGCGGAAUAGGAUUGAAAGAGACGAUGCGUGUAAAGCACUGGGCACAAAGGAGGCCGUAAAUAAGUGGGAGUUGUUGCUCCGGCUACUGUAAUCUGUUCGUUCAUUCCACAAACUUCCCUGGCUCCGGUGAACCAAGCAGAGUGGGCCCUCACUCAGAAAGGCUCUCAGGUGGCUUCUUAGAGGAACUCAGGAAACGUAGUCGGGAUGGAGUGUAGAGUUCAAGGCAGGAGGUGGUGGGACAUAAGCUGCAGCCAGAUGUUUGGCCGCUUGAGGGAGAUUGAACUUGCCCCUUGAGCACUAGGGAGCCAUGGAAAGUCUUCAAGCUGGGAAAAGCCAUGUCGGACUCCUUGGUGGUGUGUGAGGUGGACCCAGAGCUAAAGGAAAAGCUGAGGAAAUUCCGUUUUCGAAAAGAGACAGACAACGCAGCCAUAAUAAUGAAGGUGGACAAAGACCGACAGAUGGUGGUGCUGGAGGAAGAAUUUCAGAACAUUUCUCCAGAGGAACUAAAAAUGGAGUUGCCAGAGAGACAGCCCAGGUUCGUGGUUUAUAGCUACAAGUAUGUGCACGCAGAUGGCCGAGUGUCCUACCCGCUGUGUUUCAUCUUCUCCAGUCCCGUGGGCUGCAAGCCGGAACAACAGAUGAUGUAUGCAGGGAGUAAAAACAGACUGGUACAGACAGCAGAGCUCACAAAGGUAUUUGAAAUCCGUACCACUGAUGACCUCACCGAGGCCUGGCUCAAAGAGAAGUUGUCUUUCUUUCGUUGACCUCUGGGCUGGGGAUCUGAAUUCAUGAUGUCUGAGUUUCCCAAAGGAACUGGGGACUCGGAUCCCUAGGACUUGAACACCUGAGACCCUAAAUAAAUUAAAAUCCAACAACUCAG